AACUGUUUGAGAUAAACGUGGUCAUGGUGCCGCCCAUCCUCCCGACGCGGCCUUCGAUGGAGAAGAGAACGUCGUCGCCAUCUCUCAAAUCUUUGCGCGAUCAAAGUGGUGACUUCAAGCAAGGCACGCUUCCUCGACUCUCUUCUCCAAGAGUAGAUGACAAUGCAACCGACGGCCCCAGCGGCGAUGAGGAAGCCCACCGCAUACAGGGGUCUGAGCUGCAGCACUGCGAGAGCAUCCUUAGCACAAUCCAAAAAGAAACAACGAGCAAUGGGAGUCGAUACAUCACGAUGCUGGAGUUCAAAGAAACGAGUAACCCAGCGUUGGACAGCAUGCAUCACUUUAUGAAAAGUACGCGGAAGGAACUGGGUGACCUCGAACUGCUUUGUGCCAACGGCUGGGACAACGACGACAUCGACGCCAUUCUCGCCACAAUCCCCCGCGACCAAGUGGCCACAGCCCAACAUCUGUGGACUGAUUCCCAUUAAAAAUUGAUCUACUCUGGCAACAUAAUACUUCCCUUGCUGUUGAACUGGGGCCAGUUCGCCUUCGAACGGUC